AUGUCGGUUUCACCAGUUUUGCCACGGAUAGGGUCGUUGACGUCGGAAGAGAUAGCGUGUUACCUUGAUAGGUACGCCUCGGCUAUAGCGCUGAAAUCGUCGUCGUCUUCUUCUUCCUCCUCAAGCCUGGAAUCUCUCGAUGAGUGGUAUCAAUCGCUUGAGCCUUUGCGUAACAUCAAAGAUCUGAAGCAAUCGAUCUGGGACAAAGCUACGCUGCUCAAGCUGGUACGAUGGAAACUUGCACGCGAAAAGCACCGACCCACUUUGCUUUCGCUCGUCUCGUCUAACCCGUCCGAGGUAUGCGAACAAGUGCUGCAACGUGCAGCCAACCAUCUCCUCGCCGCCCGAGUCUCGCCUAAAGCUACUCAGGAUGCCACUGCUUUCAAAUUGAUAGACUCGACAAUGAGGAUUAUCGCCGAACUCAAAGGCAUCGGUCCAGCCACUAGCUCAGCCAUCGUGGCAGCCUGGACGAUCAACGGCAUUUUUCAAAGCGACGAACUUGCCAUGGCUGUCAUGGGCAAGCAUGUCAAAAUCUACUAUACCUGGCCGUUUUAUAAAAAGUUUUACCACAACGCCUGCGACGUAUGGAAACAUCUGCAGCAGGCAGAUGAUGGCAGGGUCUUGGAGAGGCUUGCUUGGAGUAUAGCUUACAAUCCACCUGCUGUUGAAUCCGCCCACAGUGGCCACGAGGUCGUGGUAGACGAUCAACCAGAGAGUCGCUCCCAUGCCGUGUCGCAGAAGGCGGUGAGUCAGGGCGAGGACAAGGCCAACGCUAUAUCAGAGAUGACAGCGUCGAAGCGCACAAAGCGCAAAAGCAAGACCAAGACCGACCCGACAGACGACGCAGAGCCAGUCGGCCAAACCAGACGGUCUCAACGUAUUCGCACGCAAGCAUAA